UCUGCGCGCCUCCUGGUCGCCGAAGCAACGGGCUGCUUUGGCGAGGCCAGCCCAGUCGAGCAGGAGGCGGGUCAGCUGCCCGAGCCCGGAAGCAGCGAGAGACGGAGAAGAAGGCGCUGCCGUCAUGCAGGCUGCAGGAGAGGCGGAAGUUUUGCUGCGAGCAGCCACUCGGGAGAGGCUGGAGAAGUUCGCUCAGCUGAGAGGUAAAACGGUGCAGACUGGAACAUUUUGGGAUAUUGUUGUAAUAACAGCAGUUGACGAGAAACAAGAAAUAGCUUACCAGCAACAAUUAUCCCAAAAGCUGAAAAGAAAGGAACUCCCUCUCGGAGUUCAUUACCAUGUUUUCGUGGAUCCUCCUGGACCAAAAAUUGGAAACGGUGGAUCAACGCUUCAUGUCCUUCAGUGCUUAGAAGAACGUUAUGGUGAUAAAUGGGGUUCUUUUACCGUCAUAUUAAUUCAUUCUGGUGGCUACAGUCAACGUUUACCAAAUGCAAGUGCUCUGGGAAAAAUCUUCACAGCUUUGCCUUUUGGGGAUCCAGUUUAUCAAAUGCUGGAUUUAAAAUUGGCUAUGUACAUUGAUUUUCCCCUUCACAUGAAUCCAGGCAUCCUGAUUAGUUGUGCCGACGAUAUUGAACUUUAUAGUACUGGAGCAACAGAAUUCAUAAGGUUUGAUCAGCCUGGGUUUACUGCAUUAGCCCAUCCUUCCAGUUUGACCAUUGGUACAACUCAUGGCGUGUUUGUGUUGGAGCCAACAUCACCUUUGACAGAAAAGGGACAGCUCGAAUACAGAUCUUGCCACUGUUUCCUGCAUAAGCCUAGCAUUGCAAGGAUGUGUCAGUCUGGAGCAGUGUGUGAAAGAGGUCAUUGUCCAGCAUCUUCUCCUGGAGGACAGGGAAACUCCAAAGUCAUGUCUGAGUGCGUGUACACAGAUAGUUUAUUUUACAUUGAUCACACCACUGCAAAACUACUUCUGGCCUUUUAUAAACAGAUGGGUGUGUUGUGCUGUGAAAUAGAUGCCUAUGGUGACUUUCUCCAGGCAUUGGGGCCCGGAGCAACACCAAGUUAUGCGAAAAACAUAGAAAAUGUCACAAAAGAAGAGUCGGGCCUAGUGGAAAUAAGGGAGAAAAUAUUUGAACUUCUAAAAGGAUUGCCACUCAAUGUUGUACUCUUAAAUAACUCCAAAUUCUAUCACAUUGGGACAACGUGCGAAUAUUUGUUUCAUUUCACGUCUGAUAGGAAGCUGAAGUCGGAAAUGGGGUUGAUGCCAAAUGCUUUUAGCAUCUGUCCAAACAGUGUGGAGGACUUGGGGAAAUCGGCAUGUGUCAUUCACAGUGUCCUCGGUCCAGGGUGUUCUGUUGCACCUGGCUCAGUAGUUGAAUAUUCUUGGCUGGGACCAGAGGUUUCAGUGGGAACAAACAGCAUCAUCAGCGGCUGUUAUAUUGACACAAAAGCAGACAUACCUCCAAACACUUUCAUAGCUACACUAAGCGUGAGGAUUGAUGGAGAAGGAAUGUAUGUGAGCAUGGCGUUUGGUACAGAAGACAACUUGAAAAAGAAAGUGACAGAUUUGGCAGAUACUCACUUAAUCAAUUUUUGGGGAAUCGGCCUUGGACAGUGCUUGGAGCUCUGGGGCCUGAGAAUUUCGGACGAGCUCUUUUCUGGCGAUGAGACCUGUCGAGGGUUAUGGACAGCUCGGCUUUUCCCUAUUUGCUCCACUUUAAGCAAUUCACUGAAAGUGUCUUUAGGGAUGUUAAACUCGGCGCAGAACAUGUUGCCUUUUAAAUUGAAUGGUUUUAAGCUCUUGUCUGUUGAGGAAAUGCUUCGCCAUAAAGAUGUAGAAGACAUGCUGAGGUUCAGGCAUCAGCUCUAUGAAGAAAUCCAUCUGCAGAAACUGAAAAGGGAAUCUGAUUUGUGAAAAGUGUAUGGAAGUGUUAACAU